AUGAUACCCGAAGAUAUCACGAAGAUAAUUGACAAGCUGGAGGACGCGGCCGAUCAGGAGUCCUUGCGCAAGUACAUUCUGUCACUUCAAGGAGGAGCCGAAACUGCUGCCGAAGAUGGCGCUGCCGAACCAUCCAAAGACGCGGCUGACAAAAAUGAUGCCAUGGACGAGGAUGCCUCCGGCGAACCUCCCUUUCCUCCCGCCUACCAAAGUGGAGAUGAUUUCGAAAAAGCCAGUGAAUUCAAAAUGAAAGCCGCCGAUUUCAAGGCCGAUGGAAAAUGGGACGAAGCGCUAGAUGCCUACACGAAUGCCAUUUUGGCCGCCGAACCGUCCGCAUUGGUCUAUGCCAAUCGGGCGUUGGCACUGAUGCAACUGAAUCGUCCAUUGGCAGCUGAAAACGACUGUUCGUUGGCGUUACAACUCAACCCAGAUUCGGCCAAAGCAUUGCGCGUGCGUGGUAAAGCCCGCAAGGAAUUGGGAAAAUACGAAGAAGCGCUGCACGAUUUGUCGGCGUCGCAACAAAUUGAUUUUGACGAGUCGGUGGUACAAGAUUUGAAAGAAUUGAGUGAAUUGCAUUUGGAAAAGGAAAAGGAACACGCCCAGAAACGAAAUUCGGAGGUGGAAAAAAAGAAAAAACGAGCCGAAGAAAUUCGAAAAGCACAGGAAGAUGCGCAACGUGAAGCGGAAGAAGAACGAGCCCGAGAGGCGGCGGCUAGUGCGAGUGCUGGUGCGAGUGCUGGUGGCGGUGGAAUGGGAGGAAUGCCCGGAAUGGGAGGCAUGGGUGGUAUGCCCGGAAUGGGAGGAAUGGGGGGUAUGCCUGGAAUGGGAGGUGGGAUGCCAAACAUUAUGCAGAUUCUCAUGUCGGAUCCCGAACUUGCGGCUGGAAUGCAGAACCCAAAGGUCAUGGCCGCGUUUCAAAGUCUAGUGUCCGAACCUGGCGGUGUGGGUGGACUCAUGGCAAAUCCUGCAAAGCUACAGGAACUCAUGUCAGACCCUGAUGUGGGACCAUUCUUGCAAAAGCUCAUGGCCAAGUUAGGACCUUCCAUGGGUGGUGGUGGCAUGCCAAUGGGAGGUGCUGCCGGUGGACCGCCACCCACCAAUCCCGAUAUUGACUUGUCCGAUCUUCCCGACCUGGAGUAG